AUGCAGGACACUCGGGAAGGAGCACACGUACGCCCGAGCACAUCUUCGGCACUUGCGGAGCCCAGUGUCAUUGCGAACGACACCUCGUCAUCGACGUCUAUACAUGAAGAUCCCCCUUCGACUCCCUUACUCGAUGUCCCCCCUCCGGUCAAGGGCUGGCCGACCCCUUGGCUAACGCGGCAAGAGCUUGACGACUUCAUCCUGCAAAUGUCUCGCAGAGGGUGGACGGUCCGACCUCUUGUACCUAGUGAUCCCUCUCAAAUGCUGCUAUCUGCGUCAGCGACUUCUGUGACAUCCAUCGUCGGAGACCAGUUCCCCUUCACUCGCUACGAUGCAGCGCUGGAAUUCGUGGGCAAGGUUGGGAGAAUAGCCGACGACGAACUUCACCAUCCCGAAAUGAUAGUCACGUCCAGCAAGACUGUCGUGCUUUGGAUGACGACGCACAGUGCAAGACCAGGGAAGGACUGGGCACUUGUGGAUGACGCUACCCCGCCUUCAGCGAAGGACAAGGCGGUCAAGCCACCACAUUUGCGCAAGGUUCCUGGCUUGACCCGUCGCGACUCCCGACUGGCCGUGCUAAUCGAGAAUCUCUACACGGCAGAGUACUUCUCUGGUCUCAUCCGUGAGGUCGUUGCGGAACAGCCGGAUACGAAGUCCCUGCACGAACAGUUGUUGUCGCUAAUCAGCGGUCGUACCGUGUCGCUCCCCAAGAAAACAGCGGAAGGCGCGACGGAAACCCCGCCGCCAUCAUGCGCCGCCUGCGGAGGCGAGCAUCCAGUGUCCGUCUGCGAUGAACGCGGCCAACAUCCCCCACGUAUACCUUGUCAGAACUGUGGGGAGGGUCACUAUCACUGGGCCGCCGACUGUCCUCAAGACGCAGAAUAUCGCGCAAAACACCAUCCUCCCGCCAUCCAGUCCUCCAGACGCGCCGAGGGUCAUCGGCGAGUGUCCCACCAAAAGAAUCGCCAGCAGGAGUACGGGGCAUGUCCGUGCGGCGGCGACCACACGCUCUUCCUCUGCAUCCGGCGGAGUUUCAUCCCCCCGACCAAGCCUUGCUCAUUAUGCGGGGAGGAACAUCGACACUGGAUGGUCGACUGCCCGCUGUAUGUCGAUAGGCAUGAGGCGAAACACAAGGAGCACAAGUACACGAGGGAGGAGAAGCUUCUCGGCUACUAUACAUUAUGCCUGGGACCGUCGCUUGUGUACCUUACUUUGCUCUAUCGUAACAUUGGCCACCAUCACCGUCCAUUGGCCAUUUCACUGAACGAUGAUACGCGGCAGACUACGGGUCAGUGUAUGCUCACCCUUGUCGACCUUGCGGAGGGGUUUGCUCAGGAGCGAAGGCAAGCCGUCCCGGUCCUGACGCCCUAUCACACCUCCAAAGACGUGCGGCGAAGUAAUUGCCAUACCACCUCUAUCCGCCCAAUCCCCGCCAUGACAGGACCCGUCCGCACUAAGGGCUGCGUUACUAUCAACGGCAUCGACUUCGUCGAUCAUGUCUGCGUGGUUUGCGACAAGAUCUUCCGCGACAAGAGGGGCAAGGACCGCCAUUCUACCACCCACCUCCCCGAAGACGACCCAAGGAAGAAGACCUUUACUUGCGAGCAUUGCGGCAAGUGCUUCUCGCAGAAGUCAGGCAUGCAAAUACACGCUAAGAGGCACGUCCUCGUUUUCACGUACUACUCUAGCACUGGCGUCAAGGACCUCAUCUGCGAUGGCGAUGACUGCAAUUUUGCUACCCAUGACCCAUCCCUUCUGAACAAACAUCGACGCCGGAUGCACAACAUCGCUCCAGAGCACCGGCGCAAGCGGCAGCCCCAGCGACCCAAGGCCGAGCUGUCCAAGGAAGCGCCCCAGUCGCCAAGUGACCUCGAACUACUACGAUCCUCCCAGUCAGCGGUUCUGCCAGACUGUCACGAACGCGCAUAUCUCGGCAGCGACGCCGACCGCGCCAGUAUCUCCAUCAUCUUCUACGACGUCGAUAUCCACCUCGAUCGUCUCGACCGGAUACUAGUCCCUGCUCCCGCGAUGCACAGUGCUGCCGAUCCAUUGCUCACCUCCGCCGCCUCGUCGAACUACAUGCAAGUGGCAUUGCCACCGCAAGGUGGCGUUGAGAGCGACACCUACGACAUGGCAACCAUGUGGUCCACUACUGCCACCUCAAACUUGGUCGACACGAGCAACGAUAUCGGUUUCUUUGACGCUACGUGGUGGGACUCGUGGUCAAAUCCUCAAGAAGACAUCGACCUGUCGCAUUUCAUUCUGCCACCGGCUGAGAGCCAGUGCGCAAAGUUUCCAUGCUACUUUUCCAUCGACGGUAGAGCGGUCUUCCCUGAACCAGCCCUACCGCUAUGCCACUACGCUCACACCAACGGCGUCAACGCCCUGUACGGCGACUCUCCUCUACCUUUGUUACCCUACUACUAUUCUCGCUCAUGGUAUUCGGACAUUGCAUUCAUCUUGAAAUUCCAGUACGUUACCGCGUCCGUCGUCGCCCCCAGGCAUACUUUGGUGUUCGAACUCGAGCUUGCUUUGGUCCCGCUUGCCAAGCGCGUGGCAUCUUGGGCGGAGCCAGGACUCGUGUUCCGACGUCGCGGCAGCGCAGCCGGGGACAAUUUUCUGUCGUUGUCGGCGUCGUCGGGUGCCUAUAUGCGCGCAAGCCGGCGGCUCACCAACGGCUCGUGUCAAAGGGAGGGCAUCGACGACGCCAUCGUCGCUAACGACACCGCCCACGAUGUCCCCAGUCUCAGACGGAAAGCGUCAUUGCUCUUAUUUUGA